CUGUCUUUCAGCCUUUUAUUUCACCAAGCUCUCACCAACCACUAAAAGUGUUCGGCUUCAUCGCGACGUUCCUGAUGGCUGUCAGUUUGUGGACGUCUUACAGUGUGACCUGUGGCUCUCAUCAGACAGGUGCAGCAGUGUAAGCAGUGAUCCGUCAUGGAGGAAUCAGGUGGCUUUGUUGGCAGUUUGCUGUGUCCUGGUCAAUUUUCUGCCUAGCAACCACCUGGAUAAUUAACCUGAUUGGAUAAUAAUUCAUACUGCAGAGGUUUCCAGGCAGCUCAGAAGAGUUUGAAGUGGCGACGUCUCAACAACAGUGCACAGUCUGAUGUAACCACCAGGGGCGCUGCUUCUGUGUCAGGUGUUUCAAUGAUGUCAUCACAGGUGAGCUGGUUUGUAGGUGAAGAGGAAGCACGUGACACUGACCACGCAACGACAGGACUUCUCCAUGGAAACAGGUGUCAAACACGGAAGUGGUCGGUCGGUGUGCUGCAGGUAAACAACACGUCAGAGCUCUGAUCGAUCUCACCUGGUUAUUGACACGUGACGACGAACAGACAACCAGACAAACAUCCGGUUAACGGCCAGUGUCCGGUGAGCUGACAGGAUGCUCAGGUUUCAGGAGGUGGAGUCGGGACAGGCCACGCCCCCUGGCAGCGGCGGCCUGGUUGCUAAGCGAUACAGCAUCGUGCAGAGUCUGGGCCGGGGAAGCUUCGGUUCAGUUUACCUGGUGGAGGACGGCAAAGCUGCAGGUGGAGAACAACUGAAGGUGCUGAAGCAGAUUCCUCUGGGCGACCUCCGACCUGACGAGACAGUCCGAGCGACGCAGGAAGCCCAUCUGCUGUCCCAGCUGCACCACCCGUCCAUCCUCACCUUCUACCACAGCUUCCUGGAGAAAGACGCCUUCUGCAUCAUCACGGAGUACUGCCAGGAUCGAGAUCUCGACUGUAAGCUGGAGGAGGUGAGGCGAGGUGGGCGGAGCCUCCCUGAAGUCCAGGUCCUGGAUUGGUUCAUCCAGCUGCUGCUCGGCCUUCACUACAUGCAUGACAGGCGGAUCCUCCACAGAGACCUGAAGGCCAAGAACGUCUUCCUGAAGAGAAACCUCGUGAAGAUCGGUGAUUUUGGGGUUUCCUGUCUGCUGAUGGGAUCAUGUGACCUGGCCACCACCUUCACAGGGACUCCGUACUACAUGAGCCCGGAGGUUCUGACCCAGCAGGGCUACGACUGCAAGUCCGACAUCUGGGCUCUGGGCUGCCUCCUCUUUGAGAUGUGUUCACUGACUCACGCCUUCCAGGGUCCAAACUUCCUGUCUGUGGUGCUGAAGAUCGUGGAGGGAGAAACUCCGGCGCUGCCCGUCGGAUACUCUGAUGAUCUGAAUCGGGUCAUGCAGAGGAUGUUGCAGAAGAAGUCGGCGUGCAGACCAUCGGCCUCGGAGCUCCUGAAGACUUCGUUCAUGGAGGAGAACAUGAAGGAAAUGACGGAGCGCUUCGUCUUCGUGUCGUCGGACGGGAAGAGAGACGCUGAGCUCAUCGCCAAGAACAUGCAGAAGAAGGUUCACCUGCAGACGCUGAUGGACAAAUCAGAGGUGGACAAGAUGACGCCCAGAGAGAGAAUGAGGCUCCGCAAACUGCAGGCUGCAGACGAGAGGGCCACGAGACUCAGGAAACUGGCUGAGGAGAAGUACGAGGAGAUCCACAGCCGCAGGAAGGAGCUGAGGAUCCGUCAUUUUGAGAAAGUCAGCGUGGAUGUUCUGAGCGUGUCGUCAUGUUGGAUUCACCGUGAGGAGGACGGGGCCUGUCGGAGCCGACCAAUCAGCACCAAGGAUCGCCGAUCACCAGGGGGCUUGCAGCCAAUCCGGAAGCAGGAUGACGACAAAAUGUGUGAGUCAGAAUCACGAUGGCACGAUAUCCCGGAGGACCCUCAGGCUGCAGAGGUUUACUACGACCAGGACGGAUUUGAUUCGUGUUCAGACGACGAAGAGACGGAAACAACUGCAGAGACAUUUUACCUGUCCGAGCCACAGGUCGGCGAGCUGGAGGCCAUGAUGAAGCACAUGCAGAAAGUUCUGGACGAGGAUCUGAGCGGUGAGUCUGAGUUUAAAGUACACGUUCAGCACACUGACCCAGCAGAGCCUGAAGCCCCUCAGAACCUUCAUGGGCCUCUGACGAUCAACAGCAGCCUGCUGGAGACCAGAAUCCAACACCUGAAAGAGUCUGUCUGCAGACGUCUCGGUUCAGACGUCUUCCAGGAGCUGUACGAGAACAUGAAGGACACCAGGCGGCGGCGGAUGGACGGUGAUGACGGUGCCGCAGAGACUCUGAGACACCUGGAGGACAAACCUGAGGAUGCUUUCCAGGUGGACCAGCUGCUGUUCUAUGAGGAAGAGCUGCAGAGAGUGAGACAGCUGCAGGAAGACAGACCGGCUGAGUGACUGUCUGUCUCUAAGACAACACAAAGGACCAGAUCUGAGAGUUUCAUCAUGCUGGGCAUUAAAUAUUUAAAUGAGCUCCAGCUUAAUGAACAUUAAACGUUCUCCAUGUACCGUCCAGAAAACCUUUGUUAGCAGCGCCGCCUCUGGUCACUCAGUGAACUGCGCGCAGCUUCCUGUCACAUUGACUAUUUGGACCAAUGAGACACAAGUUAGCAUCGCGGAUCCCUGUAGCUGAAAGCUAAGAUAGCAUAUUUAGCAUAUUUAGCAUAUUUAGCAUAUUUAGCAUAUUUAGCAUAUUGUUAGCGUUAAUGUUAGCGAGCAUCAAGCUAACGUUAGCUAGCUAAACACAAUAUUAUCAUGUAGCAAUGUUAGCUUGGACUCGCUAAUAAAACUCGAUGAGCGUG